GCUGGAACGAAGAGUUCACGCAAGUGUUCAAAGGGAUGUCUCGAAAGGAUGUGGGACUGCGAUGUAUCCUGAAUCAACGAGGACUGUAGAGCACCUUCUGACCUGCCUCCUGCAAUGAACCAUGGCGAGAUACACCUACAGCCUUCGCGACGGAUCAAGACGAUGUAUAGAAGCAUGAUAAGCUUGCUUCAUCACCAUUUUGUCGCAUUAUGGCGGCCUAUGUGGUGCAUAAGGUCGCUCAAGCUGUCUUCAAUCAACUUGAACCACAGCAGUAUUACGUCGAUAUAGCGCAGUCCGGCUGCCAUUGGCUCCUUCUACCGUCACAUUAUGCUUCUUGCCCCUUUCGCCAUCGCCUCUCCAACCACCGCAUCGUGGCAGCACGAGAUCCCAUUAUUCAAGCUGGUCAAGCAGAGGUCACCAGCGCAACCGUCGUGGCAGAUCCUAACAGAGAUGACUUAUUAGAAUGUCCAAAUAGAAACAGGAUUGAUUCUAAAGAAGAGUCAGCCUGUGACGUUCAAACGAUGACAUUACAAUUUCAUAGGCUAAAAUACAGUCCGAGCUGAAGAUGUGGAAGCCUUGAGUAUUCAUGAAUAUUCAAGCUCGCGUAAAGCUUGUCUCUUCCUAAUACUGUACUAGCUAUGCCGUCGACUUUUCAGCAAGGAUGCAAGAGUUUUGCUUCCCAACUAUGUAAAAAAUCUGACGCCUUGUC